GCAUUUAAUCACGAAACCUAGCAGAGAAAGAGAGUCCUGUUUUCUUACGUAUUCUCCAUCCUCACAGACUUUUCAAUAAAUCUUCUUCCAUUUUCUUUUUCCCUGGAAAAACAUGUUUCUUGAUUAAGGAGAGAAGAAAACAAGAAAAACGAAAAUGAGUGAAAAGUUCUGGACCUUGUUCUGUGGAGAUCACCACACAUCAAAAUGCACUCUCCAGUUUCUGCAAACAUGUUUCGGUAUCACUCUCUCAUUCAUAACUCUCUGUAUUUGCUUGUUUCACAAGGAACCUCCCAAACAUAACCACCGCUUCCAUUACCUUCCUCUCCUCUCCGCUCUGUUCAACGGUUUCAUCGGAUCUCUAGAUUUAUUUUUAGGGAUAUGGGUUUUACACAAAGACACAAACAAGCCCUUAGCUCUCUGGCUAGUGAUCUCUGUCCAAGGCUUUACAUGGCUGUUCAUCAACCUAGUUGUCUGUCUUAGAGGAACAAGAAUCAAGAAACCUUCUCUGAGAUUGUUGUCUAUUUUCUCCUUCUUCUAUGCCUUGGUCUCAGCCUAUUCAUCUGUUUCUACUAAGGAGAUAGAGUUUAAGACCGUUCUUGAUGUUUUGUUACUACUUCCUGGUUCAGUGUUGUUACUCUUAACCGCUUAUAAGGGUUACAGAUUUGAAGAUUCUGUUGAGAGCUCCUUGUAUGAGCCUCUUAACGUUGAUGGGUACAAUGCAAAAACUGAUUUUGACAAGGUCAGUGAGUUUGCAAGAGCUGGCUUGUUCAGCAAGUUAUCAUUCUGGUGGCUGAAUCCUCUGAUAAAGAGAGGGAAUGUUAAAGACUUGGAGGAAGAAGACAUACCUAAUCUACGUGAAGAAGAGCGUGCAGAGACUUGUUACUCUUUGUUUGAAGCCAAUCUCAACGACCAGAAGAGGAGUUCUUGUCGGCCAUCCAUCUUGAAAGUAACCGUUCUUUGUGUAUGGAGAGAGGUUUUAAUCUCUGGCUGCUUUGCCUUCAUGAAGAUAGUCUCUGUCUCCUCUGGUCCUCUCCUUCUCAACGCUUUCAUCCUUGUCGCUGAAGGCAACGAGAGGUUUAGAUACGAAGGUCUUGUGUUAGCUGUGUUACUCUUUAUAGCAAAGAGCGUUGAGUCUUUGUCUCAGAGACAAUGGUACUUCAGAAGUAGACUUGUCGGCUUACGUGUCAGGUCUCUUCUCACCGCAGCUAUAUACAAGAAACAGCUGAGACUAAACACCUCUUCAAGACUGAUCCAUUCAGGGGGAGAGAUCAUGAACUACGCAACCGUUGAUGCUUACAGAAUCGGUGAGUUUCCGUUUUGGUUUCACCAGCUUUGGACAACAAGCUUUCAGCUACUGAUAGCGUUAGGGAUUCUGUUUCAUUCCGUUGGUGUUGCUACGUUUUCAGCGUUAGCUGUGAUAGUGGUUACUGUUCUGUGUAACGCUCCUAUCGCUAAGCUUCAGAACAAGUUCCAAAGCGAGCUUAUGACGGCUCAGGACGAGAGGCUCAAGGCUUGUAAUGAGUCUCUUGUUAAUAUGAAGGUGUUGAAGUUAUAUGCGUGGGAAUCACAUUUCAAGAAGGUUAUAGAGAAGCUAAGGAACAUAGAGUUGGUAUCUCUGAGAGCUGUUCAGAUGAGGAAAGCUUACAAUGCGGUUCUGUUUUGGUCAUCACCGGUGUUAGUCUCUGCAGCGACUUUUGCAACUUGUUACUUUUUGGACAUUCCGUUGAGAGCGAGUAACGUUUUCACGUUUGUAGCGACGUUGCGUUUGGUGCAAGAUCCAGUGAGGAUGAUUCCUGAUGUGAUUGGUGUGACGAUUCAGGCUAAAGUUGCGUUUAGUCGUAUUGCUACGUUUCUUGAAGCUCCUGAGCUUCAAGGUGGGGAGAAACGGAGGAAGAAGAGAUGUGGAGGUGGUGGUGAAAGUGCUAUUGUGAUGAAGUCUGCUAGCUUUUCAUGGGAGGAGAAAGGUUCAGUGAAACCAAACUUGAGGAAUGUGAGUCUUGAGGUUAAGUUUGGUGAGAAAGUGGCUGUUUGUGGUGAAGUUGGGUCAGGGAAGUCUACACUGUUAGCUGCUAUUCUUGGUGAAACUCCAUGUGUCUCAGGAACUAUAGAUUUCUACGGUACCAUCGCCUAUGUUUCUCAAACAGCAUGGAUUCAAACGGGGACAAUACGAGAGAACAUUCUCUUUGGAGGUGUAAUGGAUGAGCAACGUUACCGUGAGACAGUUAAAAAGUCUUGCCUAGACAAAGAUCUUGAGCUUUUACCUGAUGGAGACCAGACUGAGAUCGGUGAGAGAGGUGUUAAUCUAAGUGGAGGACAGAAACAGAGGAUACAACUCGCUCGUGCGCUUUACCAAGAUGCUGACAUCUAUCUCCUUGAUGAUCCGUUCAGUGCUGUUGAUGCACACACUGCUACAAGUUUGUUCAAAGAAUAUGUUAUGGACGCUCUUGCUGGAAAAGCUGUGUUACUUGUUACACAUCAAGUGGACUUCUUACCUGCUUUUGAUUCAGUCUUGUUGAUGUCAGAUGGAGAGAUCACUGAAGCUGAUACUUACCAAGAACUGUUAGCAAAAAGCAAAGACUUUCAAGAACUUGUGAACGCUCACAGAGAAACCGCUGGUUCAGAAAGAGUGUUUGCUGUAGAAAGCCCUAGCAAACCGGUGAAGGAGAUCAAGAAAGUACCUUACACUCAAUCCAACGUCUUGAAACCGAGUCGUUUGAUCAAACAAGAAGUGAGAGAGAAGGGAGACACAGGGUUGAAACCAUACAUACAGUACUUGAAUCAGAACAAAGGCUACAUAUUCUUCCUCAUAUUGAGCUUGGCUCAGGUCAUGUUUGGACUUGGACAGGUUCUACAAAACUCAUGGAUGGCUUCAAACGUGGAGAACCCACAAGUUACUACUUUGAAGUUGAUCUUGGUCUACUUGUUGAUUGGACUGAUCUCAGUUCUCUGCUUGCUGGUUAGAUCUAUCUGUGUUGUGAUCAUGUGCAUGAGGUCAUCAACUUCUUUGUUCUCUCAUCUUCUGAACUCUCUUUUUAGAGCGCCUAUGUCGUUUUAUGACUCCACUCCUCUUGGAAGGAUUCUUAGCAGGGUGUCAUCUGACUUGAGCAUUGUAGAUCUUGACGUGCCUUUUGGUCUGACCUUUGUGGUUGCGUCCACAGUGAACACAUGUUUUAGUCUUGGAGUGUUAGCUGUUGUUACUUGGCAAGUCUUGUUCGUUUCUGUUCCCAUGAUUUAUCUAGCACUUCGUUUACAGAAGUACUACUUUCAAACAGCAAAGGAGUUAAUGAGAAUCAAUGGCACAACAAAGUCCUUAGUGGCAAAUCACUUAGCAGAAUCAGUAGCAGGAGCAAUAACAAUAAGGGCAUUUGAUGAAGAAGAGAGGUUCUUCAAGAAAAGUCUCACACUCAUUGACACAAACGCUAGCCCUUUCCUCCACAGCUUUGCAGCUAACGAAUGGCUGAUCCAACGGCUAGAAACCGUUAGUGCCAUUGUACUAGCCUCCACUGCUUUCUGCAUGGUUUUGCUCCCUACAGGCACAUUUAGCUCUGGGUUUAUUGGUAUGGCGUUAUCUUAUGGUUUAUCUUUAAACAUGGGACUUGUUUACUCCGUACAGAACCAAUGCUACUUAGCUAACUGGAUCAUCUCCGUUGAGAGGCUUAACCAGUACACACAUUUAACACCUGAGGCUCCUGAAGUAAUAGAAGAGACACGACCACCUGUUAACUGGCCGGUCACAGGCCGAGUUGAAAUCUCUGAUCUGCAGAUAAGAUACAGAAGAGAGUCUCCAUUGGUUUUAAAAGGAAUCAGCUGCGUGUUUGAAGGAGGAGACAAGAUUGGUAUUGUUGGUAGGACUGGUAGUGGAAAGACAACACUGAUCAGUGCUUUGUUCAGACUUGUUGAGCCUGUUGGAGGAAAGAUUGUUGUUGAUGGUGUUGACAUAUCUAAAAUAGGAGUUCAUGAUCUGAGGUCAAGGUUUGGGAUUAUACCUCAGGAUCCAACUCUGUUCAAUGGAACAGUGAGGUAUAACUUGGAUCCUUUGUGUCAGCAUACAGAUGCUGAGAUUUGGGAGGUUCUUGGGAAGUGUCAGUUGAAAGAUGUGGUUCAAGAAAAAGAGAAUGGCUUAGAUUCACUAGUUGUUGAGGAUGGAUCGAAUUGGAGCAUGGGACAGAGACAGCUGUUCUGUCUAGGCAGAGCAGUUUUGAGAAGAAGUAGAGUAUUGGUCUUAGACGAAGCAACUGCCUCUAUAGACAACGCUACAGAUUUGAUACUUCAGAAAACAAUACGGCGAGAGUUUGCUGAUUGUACUGUCAUAACCGUUGCUCACCGUAUCCCCACCGUCAUGGACUGUACAAUGGUUCUCUCCAUAAGCGACGGACGCAUUGUGGAGUAUGAUACGCCAAUGAAGUUGAUGGAGAAUGAGAACUCUUUGUUUGGUAAGCUUGUGAAAGAGUAUUGGUCUCAUUACCACUCGGCUGACUCACACUGA